GGCGCUGCACCGCCACUAUUUGUAUAUAGGGGAAACACUGCCUUAUCUUAGUCAACAGAAGAAGUAAAUGUCAUGCCAGUCAGUUAUAACAUGUUCUGUUUUGUGCCGUUCCCUGAGUACAGAGGAGGACGAGGAGUUCCUGGUGUUACUGGAGUACAGCCCUGACGCCCUGGAGUUGAUGCAGGAGAGGAGGGACCGUCUCCAGAGAGGAGAGCCAGUGAGAGCUCAGCUGGAGAGACAGCCGCAAGUGUUCAGAUCGUCUCCCAACGCUCAGCGCUUCGAGCUGCCGCCGGAGUUCUACAACAUGACAUCGGAGGAGCUCAAGAAGGAGCAGCUGCAGAGGAGUGAGCUGGUGGAGAAGAACGCCAUGCUGCGCACUAAAGCCAUGAGGGAGAAGGAGGAGCAGAGGGAGAGAAGGAAAUACAACUACACUCUGCUCCGGACCCGACUGCCUGAUGGAUCCCUGCUUCAGGGGACCUUCUAUGCAUGGGACCGGUUGCCCGUGCUGUUUGCCUUCAUCCGGGAGUCUUUGGUGGACGGCUGGCAGCCCUUUGAGCUCAUCGCUCCUGGAGGUCAGAAACUACAGGAGUCUGAAGAGGUGGCUCUCGCAGAGUGUAACCUGGUCCCUGCAGCUCUGCUCACGUUUGCCUGGGAUGCGGCCGUUCAGGCGGAUAUUGCAGCUGCGGGUGGGAAGAGCCCCGCUCUACUCAAACCCUCCCUGCUGGAAACCAUCCGGACCCUGAGCUGAGCAGACACCCUCCCCCUGAUCUCUCCCUGCUGCCUCCCCCCUGUGGCCCUCCUGGGGUGGAAUUGCCCAUUUACAAACGACUAGUGAUACGUUUAUUUUUACAAAUGCUAACUUUAAAGUCGGUAGCAGUGAUAAAAUAGGGGCAACUUCCCCUAAAUGCGCUUGUUUUGCUGAGCAUUAUCCCUCCAUGUGGGGAUAGGAUCCCCUCUCAGCUACACGUUGUACUGAAGGAAGCAGUUACUAACAGAUGAAAGCAUUGGUUUUGUUGCAUCGUGAAUGUACAGGCUGUGUAGGAAACAGAGGAAGAUCUAACAUCACCAGUCAGUCAGCUGUUCUUCGUGUGGCAUGUUGACAGACCUUGUUUUAACUGUGGUGACAUUUUCUCCCCUUGCUUUGAAGUUAAACUGUUGUAUUAACACGAUGACUGAUCAAGAGAAAAAAGUAGUGCAGCCAAUUGAUUCUGGUUAUAGAUUCUGUUGUGAACUAUUUUGUAUCUCAGUACAGAGCUUUUGGUGUCUGUGCACUGGCCUCCACUUGAAUGCUCUUAGUUUUGUUUGGCGGUGCUCCAGUUUCAACAGUGUUCUGACGGUCCGGUCUGAUGCAAGUCUAGCUUGUCCGUUCGUCCUCUGCAGUGUGGCCUCACACUCUCGUUGUACAACAUACUUCUACGUUAGUAACUAAAACUCCAAAUGUUAUUUAUUUGUAUUCAUAUGAGCAUAAACCUAGACCCUAAUCGAACAUGUCUUUCUUGAUCAUUUGAUUUAAAAUUGAAGUCCAAAACGGAGACGUCUUUUUACAGACUAGAAUGGCACCUCCGCCAAAUACAUUUUUUUAUCCGCCUCUUGAUUUGGAUCCACUCCAAAAUGUAAUGUGUUCUUCCUUAGCCCGUGCUUCACCCUUCCACCAAGUUUUUCUGUAAUCCUGCUGACAGAACGAACAGACGCUGUUACUCAAGGGUUAAGAUGACAAUGUGAAGUUGAUUCUAAUACCAAUAUAAUUUCUUGUAUUUUUAGCACUUUUUAGGAAAAACCUUACACUUUAUAAAACACUAAAGAGUGCCCUAAAUGUAAAAAAUAAAGCUUGAUAUGGUAAUUGCAGAGGGGCUCACUGCAGAGGUUUCAUGUAGCUUACUUACUUGGCAUGCUGGCUGGCGUAAACUACAUUUCUGUUGUCAUAACUUGUGUUGUCGUAAGUCAUGUAUUUGUUUGUAUCAAACACAUUUCCUUGGUAUAAAAAAGGUAUUUCAAACGGGGUGGUAGUACGUGAACAUGCAGUUCAUCUACCAUCCCACUGAGAUGAGAAUUCAAAGCAGUUUCAAUUCACCCUUAUCACAUCAUUAGGGUGAUUUAUACAUUUAUUCUGGUAGUGGUUUUGCCGUUGAUGUAUGCACACCAGAUAUAUAUGGAAAAGCUAGUUAUAAUUGCUUGUGAUUGGUUAACGACCUACCUCUCACUGCUUAUAUCUGUCUGAUACAUCCAAAGGGGGUUGUACACUGAAGUGGAAGAAAGGCCUGGAUUGUUUUUCAGAAGAAAUAAUUGUCACCUCAUAAAACCUGUAAUAUUAUUAAUUGAGCAACUAAAACCUGUUUCAGCUGCUGUUAUGUGUACAAUUUGACUACACAACCCCAGCGUUUGAGGACUAAGAUGGACGUCAGCAACAUGUCUGCGGUCUUUUAUUUAAUGGAGGCGUCUAAAUGUUUGAUCUGCAUUGUAACCUUCAUAGAUCCCGAGUGAGCAGUAGUGAUGUGUGCAGACAGUCUGAGUUGUAAUCUGUUGCUUUUCAACCUGCCUGUAAAAGAGAUCGCUUGCAUUGCCUCAUAACUUUUGUUUAAUAAACAGUUCUGAGGCGAGUCUGUUUAACUUCAACAUGUUCCUAACGGGGAGCUACUUUAAAACACAUACAAGAACCAUAUGCUGAGUUUCCUGGAAAGCUCUUUGGAUGGAAAUGUUUAGUAUUUUGAGUAUUCCUCUGAAAAUGAUCACAGCUUACACCAUGACAUUCAGGGUUGAGCUUCUACUGUAAUGUCUGAGACUAAACUAGAGCUUUAUACAGCUUUACUGUUUGUUAUUACUCCACACAGCAAGUACACACCAUUUCCCCCACGAAUGCUAAGUGGUGGCAGCCUCA